CGGGGACUAAAAUCAAAUUAAAAGUGUUUGAUGAAAACCAAUAUUUUUGUGAAAAUGCAUGGCACCAAAAUGUAUUUAACCCUUUGCAUGAUCCAAUUAGCCUGAUAUGAAAAGUUACUGAGAGAGGAAGCAAGUGAUGAAAGGUUCUUCUUCACCGGGAGAGUUAGCAGCGGCAAUAAGCAGAGCCGUGAUCUCCGCCGCAAAGAAACACACCACCGGAUCAAAAUACCACUACACAUGGAGCUCCGACGUAGAGAAAACACUCCACACCACUCUCCUCCGCAAUCACCACCACCACCACGACCAACACCACCUCACACCAUCCCUUGUUGCCUCAGUGAUCGACCCUUUCCUCCUCCCCCACCACCAUCUCGCUCUCGGUUUCUUCAACUGGGCCUCUCAGCAACCACGCUUCUCCCACACCGCUUCCACCUUCCACUCCAUCCUCAAAUCACUCUCCUCCAACCACCACCAUAGCCACCAUCACAACAUGCUCCAUUCUCUCCUCAAACAAGCUCAGUCUCUUAACUUCCCUAUUCAUCCCUCUGUUUUCCGUUCCAUCAUAGCCUCCCACAUUUCCCGGAAUAACCCACGCGCCGCAUUUGACGUCUUCAAUGACGUUGUUUCCCUCGCCCCCCACAUUGGGGGGCCCACCUGCAACUCCCUGCUUGCCGCGCUAGCUUCUCGAGACGGUUGCUUGGACAGCGCCCGCAGGGUGUUUGGUGAAAUGACCGUGAGGGGUGUCCCUCUCAGCACCCUGGGUUUUGGGGUGUUUGCUUGGAGGGUGUCCAAGGAGGGUAAUGUAGGGAAUUUAAUGAGUGUUUUGGACGAGGUUAGGGAAUGCGGUUCAGGGAUUAACGGUUCGGUUGUCGCGGUUAUGAUUGUUCAUGGGUUAUGCCGCGCUGGCAGGGCCUCGGAGGCUUUGAUGAUGUUGGGGGAACUUAGGAGUAGGGGCUGGAAGCCUGAUUUUAUGGCUUACUGGGUUGUUGCAACGGCGUUUCGAGCGAUGGGGGAUGUCGUUGAGGAGCUGAAGGUUCUGAAGAUGAAGAGGAAGUUAGGGGUGGCGCCGAGGAUGAAUGAUUAUAGGGACUACAUACUUGAAUUGGUUUCGGAGAGGCGGGUUUGUGAGGCGAAGGAGCUCGGGGAGGUUAUUGUUGGGGGCAAUUUUCCUGGUGAGGAUGAUGUUCUUAAUGUUUUAAUUGGAUCAAUGUCAGGCGUUGAUCCUGGUGCAGCAAUUGUGUUUUUCAAUUACAUGGUUGAGAAGGAGAGGUUCCCGAGCAUUGAGACCUUGGGAAGAUUGAGUAGGAAUUUGUGGAGGCAUGGCAAGGUUGAUGAAUUGAUGGAGGUGUUCCAUGUUUUGGACUGUGGGAAUUGCUUCAAAGAUGUGGAGGGUUACAAUGUGAUGGUUUCAUGGUUGUGCAAGGUUGGGAGAGUGAAAGAAGGCUAUGCUGUUCUUCAGGAGAUGAAGAAGAAAGGGGUGAGCCCCAAUGUGGAGUCUUAUAACUAUGUCAUGGAAGCUUGUUGUAAGGAGGAUAUGCUGCGCCCUGCAAGGAAGCUCUGGGAUGAGAUGUUUUCAAGUGGCUGUUGCGGGAACUUGAGAACCUAUAAUAUUCUAAUAAGUAAGUUUUCUGAAGAGGGACAAAUUGAAGAGGCUCAGAUGCUCUUCAACCGCAUGUUGGAAAAGUGUGUGACACCUGAUGUUGCAACUUACACUUCUCUUCUGGAAGGGCUCUGCCAAGAAGACAAGAUUGAAGCAGCUUUCGAGCUUUAUAACAAGUCUGUCAAACAGGACAUUAUUCUUGCAAGAGACAUAUUGAGCUCAUUCAUAUCAUCACUCUGCAAGAAAGGACAUCUAAGGGCUGCUUCCAAGCUGCUUUGCAGUCCCAAUCUUGAAAUAGGACUUGCAGAGUCCCAUGUAAUUUUGUUGAAAUGUUUGGCAGAUACAAAAGAGAUUCCUAUUGCUAUUGAGCACUUAAGGUGGGUUCAGGAAAACUCACCUUCUAUGCUACAAGAUAUAUGUACUGGGCUUUUAGCUUCUCUUUCUUCCGCUGCCUGCCCGGAGCCGAUAUUACAGUUUCUUCAAAGAAUACAAGAUGUGUUUGAUUUCCAAGGUAAGAGUACUUCGAAGGAAAUGUGCUACAGAUGAUUACAGCAUGAGAAGGCUAUCUGAUUUGAGUACCGCCAGUAUGCAUGCAACAUUAGUUAGCAAAAUCUUCAAGUUGGUUCCUCUAUUCUUCCGGCAAAGGUUAUAUGACCUUGCUUUCUUCAUCUGGUAGACACAGUUUAGAGUGCAUCUAUUGGAAGAAGAUAAAAGUGUAUCACCACUGGGAUUCUGACUUACUCAAUAGUUAACGACUUGACAUAUAAUGGUAGAAAACAACAUUACCAUUGUCCAGACUCCAGAAGGCAAGGAUGGAAGCUUAUCAGUAGAUUUAUGUUCGGCAUGUUGAUGAAUCUCCUAUAUGCUAAGAGGCGGAGCAAGAACAACUUGUACAGUGUCUUGAUCCCACAAUUAAAGGCGAGCAUCUGAUAUUUAAUAGCUACACAUCUGAAGUUCAACUCUUGACUACUUUUGUCCAAUGUUCGCUAAUAUAUGCUUGUCUACAUGGGAUGGAACUGGAAUCAUGCGCAGAAGAUCAUAUGGAACUACUCUCAGAUAUCACAAGGAUAUUCUGAGAGAACAGAUUAUGCAUCAAAAGAGAGGAAACACCAACUGUUUAUAGAAAGGCAAAAGAUACAUUUUAUUUUGUCACAGAUGUGUCUAUUUGUGUAUAUAACAUAGUUCUUCUCUAUUUGAUACCUGAAAUGAAUUUUUUUAAUCGUUAUGUAUUACCCUGAUAUCACUCCACAACUGUAAUUAGUCUAAACUGAUAUUACCCUAGUAAAUAGUUUCUUUCAUUUACGUUCAAAUUACCAAUGGUAGGGGAGCAGCCUCAACUGAUAAUACCUAUAUUUGAUAUUGUCUUCUAA